UGUAGGCAGGGCGAGGGAAGUGUUGCAGUCACCACAUGCAGUUUCAGUGGUACACGCCUAGGUUAACAAUAAAGACAUUAUGAUGAGUGCUAGUCAAGUGUUACAUUUUGCCAAUUUUAGCACCUUAAUUGUGUGCUUUGUGCUCAAAUUCCCACAGAUAUUUGCUCUCAUUUCAGCUAAAUCAUCCAGAGGUAUUAGCUUGAAAAGUUUACUGCUAGAAUUGACGGGGUUCAUUGUGUUUCUCUCAUACCAGAGUUACUACAAGUACCCACUGCCAACUUACUUGGAGUAUCCUAUCCUUAUUGCUCAAGAUGCGAUUCUUCUGUUGCUGGUUUUUUACUACAAUGGAAAUCUGAACCACGGUCUGCUCGCUGCAGUUCUAUUUGUUGCUGGAUGGCAUCUUCUAACUGUUCAGAAGUGGAUUAUUGAUUUGGCUAUGAGCCUGUGUACCUUCAUCAGCACUGCUAGUAAAUUUGCACAGCUACAGUGUUUGUGGGAAACCAGAGAUGCUGGGCAAGUAAGCGCCCUGACAUGGGGCAUGGCCUUAUACACCAGUUUAACACGGAUUGUGACUACGUUAAUGACAACAGGGGACCUUCAGGUUCUUGCAAGGUUCAUCAUUAUGCUACUUCUCAAUGGCUGGGUUACAGCCACCAUAGUGUACUACAGGAGAGCAGGCAAGAAGCAGGAGUAAAUCCAGCCCCGUACACAAUCAUUCAUCGUGGACCAAGACGGCAUUAAUAACCAUUUAUUCUACUUGUCACUGUUUACCUAAACAUUAUUUUAGAAGCAAGGGAUUUGAACAUAUGUGUUGUCUGUAUAUUGUUAUUUAACUUGCAUAAUUCUAUUACACAUUGGGAUAGUGCUAUUGUAACAGAUAAUUGGGUAUCCUACAUAUAAAUCUAGUCAUUUGAUUACUAUUUUUAUAUUGCAUUCAAAAAUGCACUUUUUGGAAUUUAUAUGCACAAGUCGUCAAAGAAUAGCAAUGUGCUUUAAUAUAGCAGUGCUUGAAACUGUCCAGUUUCACAAUGUGGGUGCAGAUUUAUUUUAUUUAUGUCUCAAUUUGUCUCCAUUUUCCACACUUUGUUUUUCAUCAGUAAUUAAAACUAAUGUUCAAA